CAAGCAUGAAGAUGGCGGGAAGAACUGUUGAAGUGUGAACUGGUUUAAGCUUUGUGGGCCACUUGUGGAAUUUUGGGAGAGGCUGAGACAAAGCAAUCUCUGAACUUUCGGUGUGUGUUUUUAAGUGUUUUUUUGGACUAUCGUCUUCUCUCUUCCUAUAUAUAUCUCUCACCAUACUCCGCCAUUUUUACUCUACCCAACCAACUUCUCUUCUCUUCUCUUCUCUCUUCUUCACUGCCACCAUAUUUUUCAGCCAAAUACUAUUAGUCCCCAUCCAUUCAUAAUUUUAACAACUGGGUACGGUAAAAGAUUCCAUUUUUGGAAGUUUUGACCAGCUUCUGUAUGCAACUUUUUAGUCUCUUGUGGAAUUCACUACUUCAUCUUGGCUUCUGGGUAUAGCUUAAGUUUCAGUUUUUCUCUAGUUUUAGCAAUUUUAUUUUGGGAUUAAAACAUUGUGGGGGGUGGUAGGGUUUGAAAUUUUGACAAUAAGAAGAAACUCUUUCAGAACAAUGAUCUUGAUGUUCAACGGGUGCAUUCUCUGGAGGUUGCACUCAAUUCUUUACAACAAGUCUAGUGUUGAUAAAAGCUUCUAUUUUUGGAUUUUCCAGAUCUUUAAUAGAUACACUUUAGGGACUUAGCGAGAGAGUCUGAUACACACAGCCCUCCUGCUCUGUUUUGCUCUGUUAUUGUUUUCUCUCUGGUUCUUCUGUCUUCGGUUUCUUUUUACAUAAAGUGUCCCGGGGAAGUAAAUAGAUUUGGCUGGAGAGUGUAAAAAUGGCCUCUUUGCCACCUGGUUUUCGGUUUCAUCCAACUGAUGCGGAAUUAGUCGGAUAUUACCUGAAAAGAAAAGAAGAGGGGCUUGAAAUUCAGCUUGAAGUCAUCCCUGUCGUCGACUUGUACAAGUUUGAUCCUUGGGAGUUGCCAGAUAAGUCAUUCCUUCCAAAGCGAGAUAUGGAAUGGUUCUUCUUCUGUCCAAGGGAUCGAAAAUACCCUAAUGGUUCAAGGACAAAUAGAGCCACCAAAUCGGGAUACUGGAAAGCCACUGGAAAAGACCGGAAGGUUGUUUGUCAAUCUACUUCUGCAACUGGGUAUCGGAAGACCCUUGUUUUCUACCGUGGGCGUGCUCCUUUAGGAGACCGGACUGAUUGGGUAAUGCACGAGUAUCGGCUCUGUGAUGAUCUUUCUCGUGGAUCACCAAAUUUUCAGGGGGCUUUUGCUUUGUGCCGUGUUGUUAAGAAGAAUGAAAAUUCACAGAAGAUGAGUCAUGGAGAAUUGAAAGGCAAGAGGGUUGGAAGCAAAUCGAGCUUUGAGGAUUUAACCUCCGCAAGAGUUUCUAAUGAGCCUUUGAGCAUAUCCAGUGACAUUUCUUCUCAAGCAAGCUGCCUGUACAAUGAGAGUCGCUAUUCAAGCCCUAGGACUUCUCCUUCUCCUUAUGAAGUCACAACAAUACCCGAGCCUGUGCCAGCUCCAAUGGAUUCAAAUCCUGCUACUAUCUGGGUCUCACCAGAGCUAAUCCUUGACUCAUCAAAGGAAUAUUCACAGGCCCACGAAGCUGCAUCCAUUCCACAGAAUGAGUUUCCAAGCUCAAUGACUCCAUGUAACUCAUAUGAGCACAAGGAAUUCUCCCCAAGUUCAUCAUACUCGAAUUUCAAUGGAGAAAUUGAAUUUGUUGAAGAUCUCAGUCGAAUUGGCUGCAUGUCACCAUACUCAGGACAUGUAAAUUACUCGAGUUUUUAUUGUAAUGAAGAUAUGUCCUAUGAUGAUUAUGAUCAAACCAGUUCGAUAAAUUACUCAAGCCUCUUCUAGAAAUCACAGGGAAGAUCAUUCUUGCUCCUUCUUUCUCCGACGCUGAGUUCAAGCAACCAAGUAAAGCAUAGAAUUUUAUUUUGGCCUUUGGCUGCUAUGUAACAAUUUGGCUAUUGUGAUUUAAGGAAGGGAGGUCUUGUAUUGGGAUUUGUCAGUUAGUGUAACUUGCAUCUUCGAGGGGUCUCCGAGACAACGCCUUUUUAAUGUUAGAUCUUGGAGAGGAAAAUUAUGAGUAAAUCUCCUUAUAUGUUAAGUUAUGGUUUCAUUUUUCUGUCGAAGUCCCAGUUAAGUGGUUAUGUUUACUGUAUUAAGUCGGAUUAGUAGUCGAGGGUUGGGUUGGUCUGGUUUUAUGUUUAAAUAUUAAAAGAACCCACAGGUGGUCACUUUUAUCGAUUUCACCUGGAGAUGAAAUGGCGGAUGAGUCACAGUUUGUACUAUCUCUAUCAUCAUAGAAAUAAGCUUCUUUCAGCAUAUUGUAUGUUAACUUCUGAUAUAUGCUACAAAGGUUUGUGCUG